UCCUCUCCCGCCCUCAACGCUCCAUUCACUCAGCGCGGGCAGGUGUGAGCGGCAGGUCAGCUGUCGGCGGGGCGCGCGGCCACCCGGCGUCCGUUACCCGCGUUCCCCGCUCCGGCUCCCGGCGCGCCGCGCCUCCGCCCGAGCGUCCGUCAGUCUCGCCGAGCCUCGGUCCAUCGUCCGUCAGUCCAGCCGCGGUCUUGCCUGCAUCCCGCCGGCCACCGGACCGGAGCCUGCAGCCCCAUCUCGUCCCUCCUGAGACGUCUUCGCUCCAGGACCCAGGGAUCCUCGGGUGACGAGGUGACAGUCUUCACGUCAUAGUCCAGAUCUGAGCCGCAGGAUGGGGUGCAGGGCGCUGGUAGGCAUCGGGCAGCAGAUGCUGCGGCGGAAGGUGGUGGACUGCAGCUGGGAGGAGAGCCGGCUGUCCCGCUGCCUCAACACGUUUGACCUGGUGGCGCUGGGGGUGGGCAGCACGCUGGGGGCCGGCGUCUACGUGCUGGCCGGGGCCGUGGCCCGGGAGGACGCGGGGCCCGCCAUCGUCGUCUCCUUCUUGGUGGCCGCGCUGGCCUCCGUGUUGGCCGGCCUCUGCUACGGCGAGUUUGGCGCUCGGGUCCCCAAGACGGGCUCGGCCUACCUCUACAGCUACGUCACCGUGGGCGAGCUCUGGGCCUUCAUCACCGGCUGGAACCUCAUCCUCUCCUACAUCAUCGGUACUUCGAGCGUAGCCAGAGCCUGGAGUGCAACGUUUGACGAGCUGAUUGGCAAACCAAUCGGGGAGUUCUCGCGGACGCACAUGGCCCUGAAUGCGCCCGGGGUGCUGGCCGAAAACCCGGACAUAUUUGCCGUGAUCAUAAUUCUCAUCUUAACAGGACUUUUAACUCUGGGCGUGAAAGAGUCAGCCAUGGUCAACAAAAUAUUCACGUGUAUCAACGUUCUGGUCUUGGGUUUCAUCAUGGUGUCGGGAUUUGUGAAAGGAUCAAUUAAGAACUGGCAGCUCACAGAGGAGGAUUUCCAGAACACAUCUGAUCACCUCUGCCUGAACAAUGACACGGAGGAGGGGAAACCUGGUGUCGGGGGGUUCAUGCCCUUCGGGUUCUCCGGCGUCCUGUCGGGGGCAGCCACCUGCUUCUACGCAUUCGUGGGCUUCGACUGCAUCGCCACCACAGGGGAGGAGGUCAAGAACCCCCAGAAGGCCAUCCCCGUGGGCAUCGUCGCGUCCCUCCUGAUCUGCUUCGUCGCCUACUUCGGGGUGUCGGCCGCCCUCACACUCAUGAUGCCGUACUUCUGCCUGGACAAGGACAGCCCCCUGCCAGACGCCUUCAAGCACGUGGGCUGGGAGGGCGCCAAGUACGCAGUGGCCAUCGGCUCCCUCUGUGCCCUUUCCACCAGCCUUUUAGGGUCCAUGUUUCCCAUGCCUCGAGUUAUCUAUGCCAUGGCUGAAGAUGGGCUGCUGUUUAAAUUUUUGGCCCAGAUCAACAAUAGGACCAAAACACCAAUAAUCGCCACGUUAACCUCAGGUGCCAUUGCUGGUGUGAUGGCCUUCCUCUUCGACCUGAAGGACUUGGUGGACCUCAUGUCCAUUGGCACGCUCCUGGCCUACUCCUUGGUGGCUGCCUGUGUGUUGGUCUUACGGUAUCAACCAGAGCAGCCUAACAUGGUAUACCAGAUGGCCAGGACUAGUGACGAGCUGGAUCCCGUCGACCAGAACGAGCUGGUGAGCACCAGCGAUUCCCAGACGGGCUUUUUACCAGAAGCAGAAAAGUUUUCUCUGAAAACCGUCCUCUCACCCAAAAAUACAGAGCCUUCCAGAUUCUCUGGGCUAAUUGUGAACGUCUCAACCAGCCUCAUAGCCCUGCUGGUCAUCACCUUCUGCAUGGUGGCUGUGCUUGGCAAGGGGGCCCUGGUAAAUGGGGAGUUGUGGGCAGUCUUCGCGCUCAUGGGCUCCGCCUUCCUCUGCUGCAUGGUCACAGCCAUCAUCUGGCGGCAGCCCGAGAGCAAGACCAAGCUCUCGUUCAAGGUGCCCUUCUUGCCGGUCCUUCCCGUCCUGAGCAUCUUUGUGAACGUCUAUCUCAUGAUGCAGUUGGACCAAGGCACAUGGGUCCGGUUUGCAGUGUGGAUGCUGAUAGGCUUCUUCAUCUACUUUGGCUACGGUCUCUGGCACAGCGAGGAGGCGUCCCUGGCCGCCGACCCAGCACAGACUCCUGACGGUCACGUGGGCCACUGCAAGUGACGCACGGCCCUGUCCCCAAGGCCCCGGCAGCACCUCGCUCCCCCCACGCGUGCACGGGACCCGCCCGCACCCACAGCGCGCAGGGCUGCGACGGGGCGGCCCGCGGCCCGCGUGUCCCGCUCGGGCCGGCUCGCUGGGCCCGUCACCUGGCAGCUCCCGGCUGGGGCCACGGGGCCGAGGCUGCCCACCUGCCUCUGAGCCUCUCUCUGAGCGAGACAGCAGCCCUUCUCCUCGCCGGCCGGGCGCCCCUGCUGCUGCGGCCUCGGGCAGAAUGGAGGUCACCUUCUCUCGUCACCUCAGCGGUCCGGCCUCCCUUCCAGGGACUGUGCUGGACACUCCAGUCCCCGCCUCCCCGCCCAGCCCCGAACAGCCGCCCCAGAUGCCAGCCGAGCACCACGACACGGUCUGUCCCCGGCUGUGCCGCCCCGAGCCUGAGGACAGCGGUUUAGUUUCCUUGGGAAGGAAAACGAGAUGGUCUCCUUCUCCUGCUUCUGCCCUCUGAGCUGCCUCCAGAGGGCUCGUGAGGACUGUGAUCCGCCCCCCUCGUUCAGGCAGGGGCUCCCCCCCCCCACCCCGCACACUGCACGCUCGGGCCACAGCACCGGGCUCUGUGUGGCGCCGGGGGAGGGGGGCUACUCCACCCGGCCUUCCUGCAGCCACCAGCCGUCCAGGCCCCGGGCCAGUUCCUGCCGCUCUGGCGUCUCUCAGGCCGGCGAGCCCUGAGCAACUGGAAUGUGACACUGUUUCUGUAGGGCCCGCCUCGAAUGAGCAGAGCGGAGCACAGCGCUUUCUGGGGUCCCGGCUCCGCCCCGAGCCAUCCUCCUGGACCUCGUAGGUCGGUUUCUUGGGUCUCAAGGUCCCCGAGGCCGGCGUCCCCUCGUCCUGAGUGACGGCGUGGCCCUCCAGCUGCUUCUGGCCCUCUUGUGUCUUAUCCUCACGUGGAGUCCUCCUGUCCGUCGCUGUGAAUCGGUCACUCCACCAGAUUGAGCUGGCGCCUAACAGUGGCGCGGAACACGGCCGAGUGAUUACCCCGAAUUGUCCACGGUGUGGGGUCUGCACGUGGGAUGGUUUGGGGGUCACAUUGCUGUGCCUCUCGUGUGGGUGUGUGUCGUCCAGACGCUGCGGGUUUGUGUGCGGGCCGGUGACCCUGCCCCGUACCCCUGCCUCGGUGUCCGUGUGUCCCUGCGCACACGGCGCUCCCUCCCGAGGCCCUGGGGACACUCCUGGUAUCCCGGCCGAGUCUUCCUUCCCGAGAGAGUGUAAUUCAGUAGACGGAAGGGCCCGUGUUGGCAGGAGGUAAGGGGCAGGCAUGUUGGACUCCACAGGAAAUGUAAAUGCUGCUUUUGAAGCUUAGCUCCCCAUAUCUCACCCCUCUGGCCUUUGUCACAAAUCUGGUAGAAAGAAGCCUGAUGAACUGAUGGCACUUGGCUUUUCUCCUUCUGCCCCAGAAAGUUCUUGGAGAAAAAUGCAAGAAUGAGUGAAGCAGCCAAAUGGCAGGGUCAGCCUUCCUUCUAGGCUCUGGCCACUGGUCACUCGUGGAAGCUUUAUUCUCAGUAUCACUUGUGAAUCUUCCAGCGGGAGGAUUAUAAGAGCCCAAAGCUUGGAUUUCCAAAGAAAGGUAUUUACAUUUAUGUAGCUUGGUGCUUGGUACAAUAUUUUGAUAAAUAUUAACUUAUUUUGUUGGGGUUUUGGUUGUCUGCUGUCUUUUUGGGGCCUGUCAGCCAUUUGUUUGCUUGAUUUGUCUGCUGUUUUUCCACAGAGGCAGAGAGCGUGAGGGAAAGAGGGUGUCCCAGAAAGGUGGCAGGUUGAGAAGUGUUUUUUCUCUUUUGCGUUCUGGCUGAAAUUUCCCCGUGUGACACCCCCCAGCAGACUGCACGACUGACGUUUCAGCCAGCAGCGCUCGUGGCUCUCCAGCCAAGAAGGUGUGUCUCAGCAUCUCACGGGGUGAGCGCGUCCUGACAUGUGGGCCCCUUCCUCACGCAGAGCCGCGAAGCCCCGCGCAGGAGGGCAGUGGCUGCCUCGAGAAGCCCCCCGCCCUCCCCCCGGAAAGAGCGCGUGGGGUCCCGGGACACGGGGCCUGUUGAGAGCGGCUCUGCAUGCCGUGGCCGAGGGUUUUCUCUUCUGUGCGUGGGCCGUGCGGCCAGCAAUGGUGUUUGGCGGGCGCCUCCGAAGUCAGUGGGCUUUCCGAUCACUCCCCUCCUUCCUGGCCCCGAGCUGGACACGCGCACAAACACGUACACACAGAGACCUGCCAGACAGACGCACAGACACAGGCACACGGCCAAAAGUAACCUCCGGAAGUGCCUGACGGUUUCACGUCCCAGCCCCUCCCGCGCUCGGUUCACGGCUUGGCUAUACGUUUUUCUGCAGAGUCAGAAGUUGCACAUUUCCAGUGACGCGCCCUCCGGGGAUACCGUGUCUCCUUUUAUCCGUGCACCAGCCCCCAACGGUCGCAUUGGAAAGACCCGCUUGUGAUGGGGAAGCGCCCCUUCCUGCCGCCCGUGGCCCCCUCCCUGCAUGUCCACGGCCUUGUGAAAACCCACGCGGGGGCCCCGAGCCACCUGCCCGCCCCGGGCGGGGAUGGGGGCCUCGGGCAGGAGCUCGAGCCUCCGCACGGCCCCCGGCUCGCCUGCUCACACCUCCUCUGCCCGACUUUGGGCCGGCUUUGCUUUUACAAACCCGGAGGGCUGCGGGACGGAGCCAUCUUUCCAGGCCGUUUUGGAGAAGCUGCUGAGUUUAUACGGUCGUCAGGGUCACUCGCAUCUCCCCGACUCUGGGUUUUGUUCCGUUGAGUCCGUCUCCAUCAGGUGAUCGGCUUCCUGGUUCCGUGUAGUUUGGACACCACGGGCCUCGCCCUGCCGUGUGUCCAUAGGUGACUGCAGCGCUGCGGAGGCUUGUCUGCCCACCCCGAGCCCCCGGGCCCGUGGCACUCCCUUCUCCACCUCUUUGCACACCUGGGAGGGGCGCGGGCCCAGCAGGAGCCUCGCGAUGUGUUUGCUGUGUUUUGUGCAUGGGGUCGGGGGGGCGGGAGGCGGGGGUGGGGAGACCCAGGCUGUACCAGGUCUCCUCCCCUCCACCCCCUCCUCCGGGUAGCCAGGGUGAGUUGACAGGUCUUGCCGUCCCGCCUAGGAUGGCAUCUGGCCCGACGUUGUAGGCAGAGCUGUCAGCAUCGGGUGUGUGGACACGUCUCCUAACGGCCCCACCCAGACUGUCGGCGAGCCCACGGGCAUUUGAGGGGCCUCAUUGCUGGAGAAAAGCUGCCUGGCUUCAUGCUGGGACCCAUCUUUCCUGACCUGGAUGGCCCGCUUUGACACAUUAAGAGCUGCUUGUUCUGUUGGCACCCGAGAACCAGCCCGGUGGAGACAGGAGGGGAGGGGACUUGGUGCCAGGCCCGGUGGCCCGAGUGUUGUAGGAUGGAUGGAGAGGCGUGACCGGCACGGCCACAACGCUUUGGGCGCAGGCGUGUGACGCUUGUGUGAGUUAACUUCAGAUGGAACUCAGUAUAUGUUGUGCAUAAUUGUUAGGUGUAUUUUAAAAUGCAUCUGUUUGCCUUGGUAAUGAGAGUAUUGUAUGUAAGGCUCCUUAGGGAGAGCAAGAUGUACAUUUUAUCAGACUCUUGUGGACUUUUUUGGGUAAUGAAAUACUUUAUUGGUCCAGUGGUGCAAGAAGCUACAUACAUUCUGUAUCUCAUCAUCGUAGUUACAAUACCUAGUGGGAGGUUAAGGCAGAAAAAAAAAGUCAACUGACCUGCCUGUUCAUCACUAUGGCCCAGUCUUUCUGUGCCCGUUGCUUUGCUGUGUGGCAGUGCUCUUUCAAGAGGGGCAUGGACUGGCCGAGGGUCUCGGGGCGCAGUUCUCCGGAGCCCCCCUGGCCCACCCUGCAAAUGUGUUGAACUGCUGAAAACCCCCGUGAGAUGAAAGACCUUGGCUUGAAGUCCAAAUGCGAUUUCUCCAAACAGAGUCAGGGAGGAGGGCUGGGGAGAUGCACUCAGACUUUGUUAAAUUAUUAACAAGGUAUAUGAUUUUGUGUUUCUUGAUGACAAACUUUUAAAGUCUGGGACUUAUUUUCCCAUUGGAGAAGUUAUAUAUUUAAGUUUUCUGCUUAUGUUGUGCCUUUCAGCAUUGAUGGGUCUAAGGAGCACAAAGGGUGAUGAUCUUCUUGAGGGUUGGUUUAUAAUCAAACCUGUAGAGCUGUGGUUUCUUCAGUACACUUUUUCUUCUACUGAACGUGGAGCCAUUAUUAAGAGAAUUGUGUUUUUUAUUAUGUAAAUUGUAUAAUAUUUUUGCUUGUUUGAGGUUCUAUUUUUCUAAUAGUUUUCUUAUAGUUUCUUAUAAUCGUGAUACUAGAUUUAGAUUCUGACACUAACUGCAAAUCAGAUUGGCCUCUGCUGGUCCCCCCCCCCCCCCCCCUUUUUAUUUUAAGGACAAGAGUAGAUGUCGUCCAUUGCCUUUAAAAAAUGUGAACCUCUGCUCUGUAUCCCAGUUUUGCUGACAACACUGUGCGUUGAUACCGUACUUCAUGUUGUAAAGUCACGCUAUUUUGUGGUACAUCCUCUCAGGCUUCCGCAAAUCCUAAUAAAUUCCGUCUAUGGC